AUGCGGCAAUUUUUUCCUGAUUGGUUUAAUGGUCGUAAGUGGUUGGAGUAUAGCAUAACAAAAGAUGCUGCAUUUUGUUUGUGUUGCUACUUGUUUAAAAAUGAAUGUGAAAGUUGUGGAUAUGUGGUUGAUGCUGCUUUCACAAAGACUGGCUAUAGAGCUUGGAACAAAGCUACUGAAAGAUUUAGAGCUCAUGUUGGAGAUAUAAAUAGCAUCCACAACAAGUGUUUCAAUAAGAUGCUUGAUUUGAUGAAUCAAUCACAGUCAAUACGCAUUUCCUUUGAUAAAAAGUCCAAGAAAGAAAAAAGUGAGUCUCGGCGUCGCUUGAGUGCUUCAGUUGAUGUGACAAGAUUUCUCUUGAAAUUAGGAUUAUCAUUCCAUGGACAUGAUGAGAGUCGAUCUUCUUCAAAUAGAGGUAUUUUUCUUGAACUUUUGCAAUGGUAUGGAGAUAUUAAUGAAGAUGUUGGAAGCAUUAUUUUAGAAAAAGCUCCAAAAAAUGAAAUGAUGUGUUCUCCAAGUAUUCAAAAGGAUAUUGUUGAUUCUUGUGCUAAGAAAACAAUCAAAUCUAUUCUUGAAGAUUUAGAUGGGGAUUAUUUUGGGAUACUAGUCGAUGAAUCAAAGGAUGUAUCACACAAGGAGCAAAUGACACUUGUUUUGAGAUAUGUUAACAAAGAAGGAGAAGUGAUAGAGCGAUUUUGUUGGUAUUAUUCAUAUCACUCAUUAAGUCCAUCCCAAAUACGUGGGCAAGGUUAUGAUGGAGCUAGCAAUAUGCAAGGACAUCUAAAUGGUCUUAAAACUUUGAUUUUGAAUGACACUCCAUCGGCAUAUUACAUUCACUAUUUUGCCCACCAAUUGCAGUUAACACUAGUGGCUCUUGCAAAGAAGGAUUCAAAUGUAGAUGACUUUUUUUGUUUAGUUACUAAUGUGUUAAAUAUUGUUGGAGCAUCUUUUAAGCGCAGGGAUUUACUUCGGAAACACCAAGCUGAACAGUUAGAGGAGUUGCUUAUAUCAGGGGAAGUGCAUAUUGGGCGAGGAUUAAAUCAAGAACGUGGGCUUCAACGGCCAGGUGAUACUCAUUGGGGUUCUCAUUAUAGAACAUUAGAUAAUCUUAUUGUUCUAUUUCCAUCAGUUAUUCAUGUGCUUGAAUUUACUGGAUGUGAGUGUCCAAACUAUACUGAUAGACUUCUUGCUAAAACUCUUGUGGAUGCGAUUAAGAAAUAUGAUUUUGCCUUUAUGCUGCACUUGAUGUGGAAAAUUCUUAUGAUGACAAAUGAAUUGAACUCCUCAUUACAAAGGAUGGAUCAAAAUAUUGUCAAUGCUAUGGGAUUUCUUGCUCUUACAAAGCAAAGAUUACAAAAUAUGAGGGAUAAUGAAUUCGAAUCAUUAAUGGAUGAUGUCUCUUCUUUUUAUGAUAAACAUGAUAUAGUCAUUCCGGAGAUGGAUGCUAGCUACUUUCCUGGGAAGUCAAAGCGUAAAGCUCUUGAUGUUACAUAUUCUCAUCAUUUACGUGUUGAAAUAUUUUAUGUUGUUAUUGAUUUGCAUCUUCAAGAGCUUAAUAAUCGUUUUGAUGCUUUUGAUAAGGGCAAGAUAAUGAGGUUGGCUGAAUAUUAUAUGAAUGAGUUUGACAUCAACAAGCUUCGGGAUCUCAAUUUUCAGCUUGAUAGCUUUAUAGUUUAUGUUCGUGGUUCUGACAAGAGGUUCUUCAACUUGAAGGGAAUUAGUGAUCUUGCUAAAGUAUUGGUCAAGUCAGAUUUGCAUCAAAUUUGGCCACUUGUUUAUUUGCUUAUCAAGUUGACUCUCAUUCUUCCUGUUGCUCUGCUUUUGUGGAACGAGCUUUCUCAUCCAUGA